AUGCCUUACACUUCAGAUAAAGCGGUCCCCUACCGCUAUGCAGCAACUAUUAUUGAGAACGGUAAAGAGGUCGAGAUUAAAACCUUAGCCUCAGUUACCAAUAUCACAGCAAAUAGCCGAAUGACGCGCAGUGGCCAUGUGUUCGCUCCGCCGGUUACCCCAAGUAGAAAUGUUGAGAAAGAUCCAGUAGUCGUGGUACCAGUGACAAGAGAAGCAGAAGGGCAAACAAGUAAUUCAACCCUUGACAAAGAAAUAGAUGAACUACUCAGAAUUAUCAAGCUCAGUGACUACAAAGUGGUAGAUCAGUUGCUACAGACACCAUCAAAAAUCUCGAUCCUGUCCUUAUUAUUGAACUCAGCUGUCCACAGAGAAGCACUACUGAAGGUGCUUGAUCAAGCCUUUGUAGAACAGGAUAUAACAGCAGAGCAAUUCAACAAUGUUGUAGGCAGCAUCACUUCGUGCAAUGGCUUAGGCUUUUGUGAUGAAGAACUGCCAGAAGAAGGAAAGAAUCACAACUUCGCUCUCCAUAUCUCAGCCAAUUGUCAAGGGGAUUCUUUGUCUAAUAUCCUAAUUGACACCGGUUCAUCUCUGAAUGUCAUGCCCAAGUCUACCUUGUUGAAGCUAAAGUAUAAAGGGGGGCAAAUGCGACACAGUGGAAUUAUUGUGAAAGCGUUCGAUGGAUCAAGAAAAUCAGUCAUUGGAGAGGUUGAUUUGCCUAUUGGUAUUCGACCUCAUGUAUUCCAGAUCACUUUCCAGGUUAUGGAUAUAGUGCCAGCUUAUAGCUGUCUGCUCGGACGCCCAUGGAUUAAUGAGGUGGGUGCCAUUACAUCCACGUUACACCAGAAGUUAAAUUUUUUCAAGAAUGGGCAAAUAGUGACGGUUAAUGGGGAGCAGGCUAUGCUGAUCAACCACCUUUCAUCGUUUAGUGUGAUAGAAGCAGACGAAACGACUGUUCAAACUCCAUUUCAGGCCCUGACCAUCGAUGAUUACAAGAAAAGUGAAGGUUCAAUCGCGUCAUUCAAAGACGCCCAGCAGAUUGUCAAGACAGGUCCUACAGAAAUGUGGGGCAAGGUGAUAGAGUUGCCAGAAAACGUUAACCAUGCAGGAUUAGGCUUUGUUGAUGGAAAACAAGUGCAGACUUCAGUGGUGCGACCUUUCAAAGAUAUCUUUCACAGCGGUGGGGUUAUCAACAUGGUAGCAGUUGAGGAGGAUACUUUUGAGGGAAAGACAGAAGACGAAGGCCCCAGAUUUGUGACACCAGGAUCUAUGCAUGUUACUUUCGAUGAAUCUAACCCCUCCAAGGAGGAUAUUGUUUUAUGCGAUGAUGAUGAUGAUUUUGUAGAAGUUCCUAAAAAUGAUACUUCAAGUGGAAACAAUGAUGAUCAGCCAAAACAUCAAGAUGAGAAAGAUCAACAAAAUCAAAUGAUAAUGAUCUACCUAAAGAAUGGAUAA